UUUUCUCUAUGGUUGUUGACCAUCAAUCAGUCUGAAAAACAGCGAAAUUUGUGCAUCAAAAACAAAUAAAGACGUUAUUUUUACUCUAAAAUUGUUUUAUACUGUAGAUAAUACGAGUGAAGCACAAAAUGUUAAAACCCAAAGCUUUGACCCAAGUUUUAAGCCAGGCAAACACUGGGGGCGUGGAAAAUACAUUAUUGCUAAACCAUCAAGGAGCACUACUUGCUUACUCUGGCUACAACGACAAGGACGCCAGGGUUACGGCUGCUAUCGCUAGUAACGUGUGGGCUGCGUACGAAAAGCAUGGAAGAAACGUGUUUAAAGAAGAUAGAUUGCACUUGAUUCUAGUAGACUGCUUAGAUGGGAAGAUAGCUAUAACUCAAGUAGCAAAUCUAUUACUGUGUCUUUAUGCCAAAGAAACAGUAGGUUUUGGAAUAUUGAAAGAGAAAAUAAAUGCCAUUGCUCAGUAUUUAGAGGGGCCAUUAAAACAAGUAGCUAGUUCUUAAGUCAGAAUAUAUUAAAGGUUUUUAUGUUUUGGUAAAUUUAAUUAUUAAAAAAAUGUUACAUACUGCAAUUUUUGUAUUUCCUGAAAUAAAUAUGUAUUAAGUCACA